GCAAAGUGCUGACUCCUGCCUGCCCUGUGGCCAAUCUUCCCUUUCUGUCAUGCUACAUAUAAAUAGAGCCCUUAGUCGGAGGUCUGGAGACCGUUGUGUGGAACUCCUGAGUGCUUGCAGAUAUUUGUUGGGUAGGUCAGGUGUAUCAGCAUUGAGAUAUCUUCAAGGAUGGCUCUGACUAAUCCCAUGCCAAUGGGGCCAUGGAAGCUCACAGUCUAUGACCAAGAGAACUUCCAAGGCAAGCGUGUGGAGUUCACCUCAGCCUGUCAAAACAUAAUGGAAUGUGGCAUGGACACUGUUCGCUCUCUGAAAGUGGAGUGCGGCGCCUGGGUGGGCUACGAACACUCCAGCUUCUGUGGGCAGCAGUUCAUCUUGGAGAGAGGCGACUACCCUCGCUGGGAGUCUUGGAGCGGCAGCAAUGCCUACCACAUUGAGAGACUAAUGUCCUGCCGGCCAAUCUGCUCUGCUAAUCACAAGGAGUCAAAAAUUACCGUCUUUGAGCGGGAGAACUUUAUCGGAAACAAGUGGGAAAUAACUGACGACUACCCCUCUCUCAAGGCCAUGGGCUGGCCCUCCAAUGAGAUUGGAUCCAUGCAGGUGCAAAGUGGGGCAUGGGUUUGUUACCAGUACCCCGGCUACCGUGGUUUCCAAUACAUCAUGGAGUGUGACCACCAUGGCGGCGAGUACAAACACUACAGGGAAUGGGGCUCCCACGCUCAGACCUUCCAGGUGCAGUCCCUCCGCAGGGUUCAGCAGUGAGCGCAGCUCGCCCAGCACCCUUCCUCCCUCCCCUGCCUCCUCCUCCUCUUCCUCACCUCCACCCCUUCAUUCCGAUACCAGCAAGCCCAGCACAGGCUGAACGUCUGGUGCAUUCGGCAAAAGUUUACAACGCUUUCUUCUUUCUGCAUGCCAUCGAUUUGAAAGAAAAGAGUCAGAGGAAGAACUCAAGCAGACUGAUUCUGUGAGCGGCACAGUGGUGUGAUUUAAGCUUCGCUUCUCAUCACUGUCAUGAUGCAGUCUGUGCAAAAGAGAUCAAUAAAGGGUACACACAUGAAAACCAACCAGUGUGAGAGUGUGUUUGAUGCAUGCAGUGUAGUUUGAAACUAACUUUGUGAAAUGGCCCAAAUUUUAACCAUGAUUAGCACCAAAACAUCCUAUUGUUAAAAAGAGUUGAUUUCUAGUGGCUUGUGGGUACAGGGACAAAAUA